GAUGCAGCAAAUCUAAAAUUCCCCUUCCAGUGUCAAAGAAUGUGAUGGUUAAAUUUCACACUAAAACAGCUGGCUGUAAAUUUGCAAAGAUCUAAUCAAGGAUCUGUUCUUCAACUCUUAUUCAACUUUUCAUCAGGCCCGACCAGACUGUAUGUUCUGCCUGCUGUCAUUGUUUUUACUCAUCACAGCGCAGUUUGAUAGACCCGAAGAGGAAACAAGUUGUUCUCCUUUCCACAAAGAUGGCUGGUGGACUUCGAUACUCACGCUUCUUAACAUACAGUGCUCUGCUGCUGAUUGGGGUCUACAUCCAUGAUGUGGAGGCUUCCAGUUGUCAACGUGUAAUCCAUAAAAAAGUUGGAGACACCGUAGAGUUUUCAUCAUGCUUACCAACUGAAGGGGUCACAAUGGCAAGAUGGAAAUAUAAAGGGUUAAUAAUAGCAGACAGAGAUGAUGUCUCUGGAGAACAUCAGUUCAAGGGAAGAGUAGACCUAAACCCCACAAACUUUAGUUUAACCGUGAGAAGACUGACUCUCAAAGACGCUGGUAAUUUUAGUUUUGUCUCAGAGGUUGAGGGCAGCCAAAGGAAAACAGUCACUUUCACUCUGAAAGUUCACGAGCCCUUAACUGCCAUAAUUGUUUCAAAUUCUACAUGGCACACCUUAAACGGAGUCUGUACAGUUUUGCUGGAGUGCCGUGCAACCUCUGACAUCAGCAGCAGUGACAUCACCUACACAUGGGCCGUGAGGAAUCAAACCCUAGGAGGCCCCAGACUGGAAUACAACAUCAAACCUCAGGACGAAGACACCAAAUUCACCUGCACAAUUUCCAAUGAAGUCAGUAAGAUGACGGCAACCAAAACAGAGACGUGCAGAAACAGUACGUCUGGCACACCAGAAACAGGCCCAAACUUUGUCGUUCACCUGAGUGUGGCAGGAGUCGUCUGUGUGUUGAUUGUCGUGAUAGUUGGAGUAACUGUGUGUGUUUGUCACCGCAAACAAAGUCAAGAAGCUGUUGACUCAAAUGACCUCACCGUGUACGCUGAUAUCUCUGACAUUACAAUUGCAGAUGGGACCAUGAGGCCAUGCACACUGUACGAAACCAUUGAUCCCAGAAUCGACACAAUCACUCCGGGGCCCCAGACGGUCUACGACAAGAUCCAGAUCAGUCGAAUGAGAAAAGCCUCGGUUUCGCCCUACCAAGAAAUUUCCUAGUGGAUCACAGCAUGAAGUAUAGCUUGAAUUACCUUUGAAUUAGUCUAUGUUGACAACAUAACAUGGGAUUGUGUUGGCGUUUUACACUCCGGUGGAUUUUUGAGGACUAUGGCUCCUCAGAUCUCUGCAGGGUAAAUCCAGACAGGUAGCUAGCUUCUGUUGCAAAACAAAAAACAUUUUAUAUACACAUGUUCCACCAAAACAAGUUCCGCAGGCGAUUGUGAUUGGUUUAAAGAAAUGCCAAUAAACCAGAGCAUAAGUGGACCAACAUACUUUGCUCAAAGCUACAGUUGGGAAAGGCUUCCAUGAAGAAGGAAAUAAGCAACACUUGGCAUAAAAUCAAGUACAAAAAUUGAAUUUCAUAUUUUUGUACAUUGAGAAUUAAGUAUUGCGUCUUCCCUUUAUAUUAAUUUGAAACAAACUAUUAUUAUAUUUGUAGCUACAUACUCCAGUUGUAUUAACAGUUGUAAAUUCUGUAAAUACAGAGAUUAUAUUUGUAUUUGUACUGUACUAUGCACAUUUUUGUGCAUGUACUUAGACCUGCCUAGUGUUUCAGCCUGUGUAAAUGUCAUAUUAAAUUACAUUAACUGUCA